AUGGCCACCUCUGCACGCCUUGGCUUCACCGUGCGCAGGCUCCUGGAUUUACCCGAGCAGGAGGCGCAGCACCUGCCUAGGCGGGAGCCAGAGCCACGCGCGCCCCGGCCCGACCUCUGCGCAACCUGGUUGGAGUCGGAGCGCGGCCACUACCCAUCCUCGGACGAGAGCAGCCCGGAGGCCAGCCCGCCAGCCUCGUCGCAGCGGCCCUCCGCUCGGCCGGCGUCCCCGGGCUCGGAAGCCGAGAAGAGGAAGAAGCGCCGGCCGUCGUGGAAGCACAAACGGGGAACUUUCUUCAAGAUCCGCGCCCCCAUCUUUCCUCGACCGCCAACCCCAGAGCUAGAUUUUUUCUUGAGCCUUAUUUGUAUAUUUUUUAAGUGA